GGAGCAGGAGGAGCAGGAGGAUCAGUAGAGGAGCGGAAUGGAGGAGGACAAGCAGAACCCGGAGCACCGGAGCAACAAGGUCCGGAGAAGACAAGCAGCAGGCUCGUCCUCUGAUAGCAGCGAUGUUGAGAAACCAAGUGGAAGAGACGGACUAAAGCGUCACUGCUGUCCUUUCUGUGACAAAUCCCUCACAUCAUCCAGAAAUUUACAGCUUCAUGUAAGAAUUCACACCGGAGUGAAACCAUACAGGUGUGACCACUGUGAGAAAGCUUUCACCACUCAGGGUCAACUACAAAUCCACCUACGCACUCACACUGGAGAGAAACCGUACAGCUGUGAUCAGUGUGGGAAAUCUUUCACUGCUCAAGGUCAACUAAAAAUUCACCAACGGACGCAUACAGGAGAGAAACCAUACAGCUGUAAUUUAUGUGGGAAAGCUUUUACUGGAUCAGCUGACCUGAAAAUCCACCAACACAUUCACACUGGAGAGAGACCGUACAGCUGUGACCAGUGUGGGAAAACUUUUAUUCUGACUUAUCAAUUAAACAUCCACCAGCGUGUUCACACUGGAGAGAAACCACACAGGUGUGAACAGUGUGGGAAAAGUUUUUCUCACAGUGGCUAUCUGAAAAUCCACCAGCGCAUUCACACGGGAGAGAAACCAUACAGCUGUGAGCAAUGUGAGAAAGCUUUCAACACAAAGAGUAACCUAGAAGUCCACAGCCGUGUUCACACUGGAGAGAAACCCUACGUGUGUGGCCAGUGUGGGAAAGCUUACAGCACUCAGGCGAGUCUAGAAAGACACCAGGGUGUUCACUCUCGAGAAAAACCACACAGGUGUGAACAAUGUGGGAAAGGUUUUUCUCACAGUGACACUCUUAAAGUCCACCAACGCAUCCACUCAGGAGAGAAACCGUAAAGCUGUGACUAGUGUGACAAAGUCUUCAUCACUCAAGGUCAAGUUAGCUGUGUCCUCCCGCCUCAUCUACAUGCUCUUAUAGCUGUGUUGUUAUACUCUGGGUUUCUCUCCAUAAUGAGAGCUGGCCAUCAGUAUAUAACUAGGGGCUGGUCUAAGGUGAGCCUGAGCCAGCCCUAACUAAAAGCUCCAGUCCAAACUAUAAGCAUCAUCAAAAAGGAAAGUCUUCAGUCUAGUCUUAAAUGUGGAGAUGAUGUCUGCCUCCUGGACUGAAAC